ACUCUUCCUGUUUUUCCCGAAACUGCGAAACAAUUGUUUUGAUUUUGACUAGAUUCUCUAAUCCAGAAGAACUCGGUACCAGUGAGACAGCAGAUUGCAGGUAUCGCACCAAGCUUCAAAAGAUGGUUACAACAGGAUUUGAUUUACUUCAGUCCUUUGACCCCAGAAUUCAGCCAUAUCUUGAAUGCUUGCUUCAGGACAACAGCAAAAUAACGCUCACUGGAGAUUUCCUGGAAAUAACCAACCCGUUUUCUGGGGUUCUGACGUCAGUCAGAAAAAAUGAGACAAAAUAUGACAGGUUCAAGCUCCGGAUCCCAUAUGCUAAUCAGGUUCUGACAUGGGAAAUAAUAUUUGAUGUAACAAAUGUGAAAGAGCCACCUGACAUCAUAUUUGAUGCUGAUGAUGACAAUUUUCAUCCCCCAAUGGAGCGUAUAAAUAGCCUUGUGUGCUGGGACUGGAGAAACAAGGAAAGUCUUGCUGCUCUUAUAUCAGAACUGUUGGAACUGUACAAGGAAUACCAGCUUGAAAGAGUGGGCCAAAACAAAACACUUCAGAGGCAUUUUACUUCUCUGAUGUCACAAAAUGUAGAGGCAAUGCAGAUAAUUGUCAACAGAGCAGAGAGGGGUCUAGGCACUGUAAAUGUGGUAGCCAAACUCGAUGUUGACUUCUCAGAACUACCUCCUUAUCUCAUUCAGGAAAACCCAGGUGUGGAUAUGGCUGCCCUGCAUGUAUGUUUCCCAUACCCUGAGAGCACCAAUAUUCAGUCACAGCUGUAUCUUUCACCUGCCGUUGAAAAUGCUUUUGGAGGAUCUGGUAGUCUCCGCAUACCUGUGUUUCAACCAGGAAUUCUUCUAGGGGAAUACUUUCUCAAUAUGAAACAGCUUUUGAAGAAACAGAUUAAAGUCAUCUCAGAGGGCUUGGAAAAGAGGAAAGACUACAUUGCAGCUUUCCUUGCUCAUUUCGGAAGGUCAGUGUUGGAAUAUGAUGCACAGCACUUUUCAAAGAUUGUUUUGUUACUAGAAUGGAAUGAUUUUUUCUUUACUUUCACGGCUGAACUGCCUCUGUACUUUCCGGUGGAGCAUCCUACCUUUAUCCUGAAGUCUGUGUACCACUAUCAAAACCGUCAACCGUACUUUGAACGAUACACUGAUUUCCCAUACAGUCCACGCUGGAGUGGCAUGGAAAUGGCAAGAAGAGCCAGUGCCUUCAUCUUGGAUCAGAUCAGGAGUUUCCAAAGAGCAUCUGUAAACAACUCAGACAAAUGAAAGCUUUAGAAUGGAAGAAAGACUAUUGUGAUUCUAUCACUGCAUCAUUAUGAAACAAGAAUUCUCUCAACAAAGGGAAAUGGCUGUACAAGGUGUCCAGCAAGGUCGUUAAGUCAUUAAAAAAUCAUAAAUUCUCCGCCUUGGUCGUAAAGGUUGUAAAUGGUAGUAAAUUUGCCGUGAAGGUAGUAAACAUUUGGUAAACAGUCAUAAAUUAAUCUGCGUACAGAGUGAUGAAGCCAGCAGGACUUUUCAGUGAACGGAGUCAUAGCCGCGGUACUCAGCCAUUACCAAGUCCCAUCUUUUGUCAAGAUUAUAGUAUCAAAAUCACGGGACUCGAAUAUUUGAAAACCAAAUCCGAUAAGGUCAGUAAGUUUAUUUUUGCCGGUCGCGAUUGUGAUAAUAGAUUCGUUCAGCUUUUCCCCGUCUGAGAGUACAUUUCACGCGAACAGGCGGCUAUGACGGCUGGCGGAAGUGUGUGUCAAACCGAAGCUCGAUAGGGAAAAUCAAGAUUUACUUUCGCUUUUGAUACCACCCUGACAUUUGUCGGCGAUAGACUGAUAACGCAACAUUUGUGACAUGCAGGUUGUGCAGUAUAAACAUUGAACAUGCCGCCGUGCAAAUAAAACUUAAUAAAUACUCGGACUUGUCAUUGUGGGGGAAAAAAGAAAA